CCCAACCUCCAGGCACCGGCGAUUGCAUCUCUACCACCAGCUCUCGCAACCAUCUACCUGACCGCUUGCCCCUAGGCGCCGUUUACGUUUUGUGCAGCCCUGUGCGCCUCCCCUUCCAGCAGCAUGUCGUUUCAACGCUCCAGCGCCCUCGAAUCGCAGCCGACGACAUGGCGGCGGGAAGACGAUGCAGCGUAUGCCGACGACCCCGAGUUCCGCGACUUUGCCGACAAGCUCUCCGACGAUCUCUUUGCCCUCACUCGCAAUGUCGCUCGUCUGUCGCAAGAGACAGCCAAACUGGGAACGAAACAUGAGACGCCCCGUGUGCGCGAGCGCGUCAAGACGACGGUGGAGGAAACAUCGGACAAGUUCAAGGAGCUUGGCGAGAACCUCAAGAAGAUUGUGACAUGGCCCGAUGUCGGGCCCUCGCAGAAGUUUACCCAGUCGAAGCUGCAGCGCGAGUUCCGAGCCUCGCUCGCCGAGUUCCAGCAACUCCAGAAGCAGGCGCUGGAGAAGGAGAAGCAGUCGGCACAGGCGGCACGCACAGCCCUGCAGGAUGCAUCAUCGCCAAGCGAAGAGCGGGGAGACUUUGGGGGGCAUCAGCAGCAGGAGCAGGAGCAGCUGCGCUUGGCAAACCAGGAUGAGGUCGACUUCCAGGAAUCCCUCAUCAUUGAGCGCGAGUCGGAGAUUCGCAACAUCGAGCAGUCCGUCGGCGAGCUCAACGAGCUGUUCCGCGACGUCGCGCACAUGGUCCACGAGCAGGGCGCCCAACUCGACAUCAUCGAAGAGAAUGUCGAGGUCACACACGAUGCGUCGCGGGGCGCGCAUAUAAAUCUCAAGCAGGCCAGCAACUACCAGAAGAGCGCCAGGAGUACGGCGUGCAUUCUAUUGCUUAUCCUGGCCAUUGUCCUGGUCAUCAUCAUUCUUGCUGUCGUCUUGGACUAAGACGAUGCACGCAGCAUCUCUAUAAACGAUCGUUUCCUUGUGUGUCUUUGGAGGCGUUGAAUUGUAUGAUUGGAAGAAAUCUGAUACCACGGCGUAACGUUAGCAUUAUCGUUUGCAGAUAUCCGUGGUCUGGCAGGGUUGCGCUAUAUCGGCUGUACAGUUUAACCACCUAAUUACAACGUUGCAUUUUU